AAAAUGGCGGCAUUCAUUACACACCCCCGCUAAAGGCUCUCCCGGCACCGGGGCCACCUCACGCAGCGCUGCUUUUGCUUCUGCCGCUAACAGAUGGCAUGUGCCACUGUCGCUGCCGCUGCCCCUACCGUUGCCGCUGAGAGCAGGGCCCCUUAGCUUUGGGUUUGCGCUAUCAGCAUAAGGUUCUGAAAAAUGUCUUUUCUGAAAACUCUGCUGCUUGGAUUCAACUCUAGAGCUAUCUCUUUAUAAACCUCUCCCUCUACCCUACCUUCUCCCACCAUUUCCUCCCUCCCAAACCUGGUAUGCUUUUAGUUCACUGUCAGCAGCUUGUACAUUUCUUUUUUUCUUUAAUGCUCAGUUUUCUUAGCCAUUUCCCCUCCCUUUUAUUUUGCAACCCAACUUUUUUUUAGGUUCUAAUAAUCUUCCCAAUCUUAUCCUUUAAAGCUAAGAAAUAGGGAGGAAAACUUUUCUCUCCCUGAUCUGAGACCAUUCCACAAGUUCAAGGGCAGCCAGCAGCGUAUGCUUUUCACAAGAAUAAUUGAAAACAUUAACUGUUGAGCAAAGAAUUAUUUUGAAAGUCUGCCAGUUAUUGGAAGUAAAUUUGGCAAAGGAAAAAAAUAAAACAUUCAUUAUUUUAACCUUUACAGUUGCCUUCUUAGGAGUUGGUCUACUUUGAUUUUUAGUUAUUCUAAUGCAAUUUUUAUUUUAUGAUUGGCUGUUUAACUAGACCAGAUCUGACUUAAAUGAAAACCUAAGUGCUAACAAAUAGACGUUUCACCAAAGCAAGCUGUUAUCUUUUCACAUUUAGUUUGAAUUCAUCUUUAAUACUUUAGCAGUCCACAGUAAUAUCCUAAACAGGGUGCAUUUGAUUUUAAUUUAGCUUUCAAAAAUGACGGCUGUCAAUGUUGCCCUGAUUCGUGACACCAAGUGGCUGACUUUAGAAGUCUGUAGAGAAUUUCAGAGAGGAACUUGCUUUCGAGAUGAUGCAGAUUGCAAAUUUGCCCAUCCACCAAGACUUUGCCAUGUGGAAAAUGGUCGUGUGGUAGCCUGUUUUGAUUCUCUAAAGAUUAUUCCAGUUCAAGAAUGGAAACUUAUUAUAAAGAUAAAGGGAAGGUGUGCUCGAGAGAACUGCAAGUACCUUCACCCUCCUCCACACUUAAAAACUCAGCUGGAGAUUAAUGGACGCAACAAUCUGAUUCAACAGAAGACUUUUGCAGCCAUGUUCGCCCAGCAUAUGCAGCUUAUGCUCCAAAAUGCUCAAAUGCCACCACUUGCUUCUUUUCCUGUGGCCCCACCACUUGCACCUAAUCCUCCGUUGGCUUUCAAUCCUUACUUGACGCAUCCUGGAAUGGGCCUGGUUCCUGCUGAACUUAUACCAAAUGCACCUUUUCUGAUUCCUGGAAAUCCACCUCUCUCAAUGCCAGGAGCUGCUGCUCCAAAACCGAUACGUUCAGAUAAACUGGAGGUUUGCCGAGAAUUUCAGCGUGGAAAUUGUACCCGUGGGGAGAAUGAUUGCCGCUAUGCUCACCCUACGGAUCUUUCCAUGAUUGAAGCCAAUGAUAAUACUGUGACAAUCUGCAUGGAUUACAUCAAAGGUCGAUGUACCCGAGAGAAGUGCAAAUACUUUCAUCCUCCUGCACACUUGCAAGCCAAACUGAAGGCAGCUCAUCACCAGAUGAACCAUUCAGCUGCCCCUGGAAUGACCCUGCAGCCUGGUGCACUGCAACUGAUACCAAAGAGAUCGGUACUUGAAAAGAUCAAUGGUGCCACCCCGGUCUUUAAUCCCAGUGUUUUCCACUGCCAACAGGCGCUGAUUAAUCCACAGAUCCCUCAGCCGGCAUUUAUCCCUGCAGGGCCAAUACUGUGCAUGGCUCCCGCUUCAAGUAUUGUGCCCAUGAUACACGGUGCUCCAUCUACCACUGUGUCUACAGCAGCAACACCUGCCACCAGCGUUCCAUUCGCUCCAACAGCCGCAGGCAAUCAGAUACCCCAAUUAUCAGUAGAUGAUCUGAAUAACACCAUGUUUGUUACACAGAUGUAGAAGUUACCAGUAGAACA